GCUUGGUCUCUUUAGAUGGGGCUUUGGGCCAGCUGCAGCCUUCUGGGGACGUGGUGCUCUUGGAUGGAUCCCGGCUUCCGGCCUCGGCAGCCUCUGCGGCGUCCGUGGCUGAUGCCUCUGUGGCUCGGAAGCCGCUGCAACAUGGGAGCACUGCGCCAAGUUUGCCCAGUGCCGAUGGUGCGGCCACCGUCGAACCGUGCACCUUCGACAUCGUACUGGGCCCUUUGACCCGCGACUCAGUGCUGGGUGCGGAGAUUUGCUUCUGUCUUUUCGAGAAGGGCUUCUGUGUGCUGAAGCUCUGCCAGCGGCCCGACGAGCAGCGGGCUGCCGUUCAAGCCAUGCAGGACCUGGCGGAAGAAGGCCGGCUUGGGCGGCUGCCUGAGGAGGUGGAGGAAGGCUACCUGGGCCUCGGUGGUCGGGGCCGAGUGCUGUGGCUGGACCCAAACACCACCACGCCCGUUCAUGAGGCACUGCUGGCGGCAGACCAGAACCUUUCGUACAUCGCCUCCGUGCUGGCACCCUUCAGUGGAGACGUCUUCGAGAAGCCGCUCCGAGAGCGAACGCCCGCGCUGCUGAGCCUGUCUCUGGAUGAAGAGGAGGAGGAGGACUACCCACAGCCGCCUGUGGACGACAGGAUGCUGGGCGACUUUCUCUCCGCGUGGCGCAGAGGUGGAGUGGCGCGCUACAUUUGUUUUUGCUGCAAGCUUUCGGGAGGAAUUGAAGGCUAUUGA